AUGGCACUUUUUGUGAGGACGGAUACAUGGCACAUUGGCGAUAAAUGUCUUGCCCCUUCUCUUGAAAAUGGGGAACUUCAUGAAGGAAUAAUAAAGUCUAUUGAAAAGGACAAGGAAACAUUUGCUGUUGUAUCAUUCUUGGAGUCUGAAGAAAGGAAAAUAUUAGUAACUAAACUUCAUAGAGUCAAGUCCAGUAAAGACCCAUGGAAAAAUUUAAUAUUUGAUGAUGACGAUCUUGAAAAGCCUAAUUUUCCUGACAAAAAUCUUCCCUCUUCUGCUACUGCUUUUAAAUUGUCUGACAAUGGGGAUUGUAUUCCGUAUACGAUUAACAGAUAUCUACGUGAUUAUCAAAGGGAAGGAGCCCAGUUCCUGUAUGGACACUAUGCUAAUAAAAGAGGAUGUGUUCUUGGAGAUGAUAUGGGCCUUGGAAAAACAAUACAGGUCAUUUCAUUUCUGGCUGCUGUGCUGCACAAAAAGGGAACACGUGAAGAUAUUGAAAAUAAUAUGCCAGAAUUUUUACUGAGAACAGUGAAAAAAGAGUUGAAGUGUAGGCCCAAGAAGGCUUUCCUUAUAGUGGCCCCUCUUUCUGUGCUCUACAACUGGAAGGAUGAGUUAGACACAUGGGGUUACUUCAAAGUUGCAAUCUUGCAUGGCAGUAAAAAGGAUGAUGAUCUGAAUCGCAUCAGACAAGGGAAAUGUGAAGUUGCCCUUACAACGUAUGAAAUACUUCGCCUAUAUUUGGAUGAGUUUAACAGUGUGGAGUGGUCUGCUGUCAUAGUAGAUGAAGCGCACAGAAUCAAGAAUCCAAAGGCUCAAAUAACUCAAACAAUGAAGGCCUUGAAGUGCAAUGUUCGCAUAGGUCUUACAGGAACAAUUCUUCAAAACAAUAUGAGAGAGCUUUGGUGUGUCAUGGACUGGGCUGUACCAGGGCUUUUGGGAACUAGAAUGCAUUUCAAGAAGAAAUUUUCUGAUCCAGUGGAGCAUGGCCAGAAGCACACUGCAACUAAAAGAGAGCUAGCAACAGGUCGCAAGGCCAUGCUGAAGCUAGCAGCAAAAAUGUCUGGCUGGUUCCUCAGACGUACUAAAGCUCUUAUCAGUGAUCAGUUGCCAAAAAAGGAAGACAGAAUGGUGUACUGUUCCCUGACAGAAUUCCAGAAAGCAGUAUACCAGGCUGUGCUGGAGACAGAGGAUGUAAGCUUAGUGUUACGAGCGGGAGAGCCCUGUAGCUGCAGCAGUGGACGUAGAAGGAAGAACUGUUGUUACAAGGCAAAUGCUCAUGGUGAAACAAUUAAGUCACUGCGUUUCAGUUACCUGACAAUCCUACAGAAAGUUGCAAAUCAUGCUGCACUGCUGCAGAUGGACACUACUAGUAAGCAGCAGGAAGCACAUAUCAAGCGGGUAUGCAACCAGGUAUUUUCCAGUUUUCCAGAUUUUGUGCAGUUAAGCAAAGAUGCAGCCUUUGAAACAAUUUCAGAUCCAAAGUACAGUGGAAAAAUGAAGGUCCUUCAGCAGCUUUUAAAUCACUUCAGAAAAAACAAGGAUAAAGUACUUCUUUUCUCCUUUUCCACAAAGUUGCUUGAUGUGCUGGAACAGUACUGUAUGGCAUCUGGUCUAGAUUACCGAAGACUUGAUGGAAAUACAAAAUCAGAAGAUAGGAUCAGAAUUGUAAGAGAGUUCAAUGGCACUCAAGAAAUUAACAUUUGCCUUGUAUCAACGAUGGCUGGUGGACUGGGUCUCAAUUUCAUUGGUGCUAAUGUUGUUAUACUGUUUGAUCCAACCUGGAACCCAGCAAAUGAUCUUCAAGCUAUUGACAGAGCUUACAGGAUAGGUCAAUGCAAAGAUGUUAAAGUGUUUAGAUUGAUAUCCUUGGGAACUGUGGAAGAGAUGAUGUACCUACGACAAGUCUAUAAACAGCAACUUCACUGUGUGGUGGUUGGAAGUGAAAAUGCCAAGCGGUAUUUUGAAGCAGUGCAAGGAUCAAAGGAACAUCAAGGAGAGCUUUUUGGGAUCCAUAACCUCUUCAAACUUAGGACUCAGGGGUCCUGUCUUACCAAAGACAUUCUGGAGAGGGAAGGGCGAGUAGAAGCAGGAGUUAUGACAGCGACUACAUGGCUAAAGGAAGAGACUGCUUCAAGCAUCUCAGAAAAGUGUGUACAACCAAGCUGUGAAGAUGAUAGAGAUCUCCCAAAUAUUAAGACAGAAUUAAAGAAAGGAGAAAUUGAUUUUUAUGAUGAUUUUAGUGAUGAUGAUAUUCUGGAAAUUUCUAGGAAAAAAAUGGAGAGGAGGAAACCUUACACUGCAAAUAAUUCAAUGAUAGCACAGGGACAACUUUCUCUAAUGCAGUGUGGCUUCUCUAAAUUGUUGCAGAGAGAAGUCAAUACUACCAAAGAGAGUGGUAGUAUUGAUGAUGCUCAUCGAUCAAGUUCUCAGGGGCAGGCUGUAAAAACAAGUGUAAAUAACAAGAGGAGUGAUUCCCACAAUUACCAAGGCCAUAUCUGUGCUUUGGAGCAUGGGAAAAGGACUGAGUCGCUAAAUGUAACUGAUAAACAGGAUGCACAUGGUGCGAGUACAGCCUCAAACUGGCUGGUUUUGUCAAACUCUGAGGAAGAAAACGACAGGGAAAGUCAAGAUCAAUGCCUUUCAAAGCAAAGUGAUGUGGUCAUGGAAACAGAAAACAGUUCUGAUGAGAAUGAUGAUGUCAUCCUUCCUACCCAAGAUCCAGCUCAACAAGAACGUGUGCUUACUAAAAAUAUUGAAAUCUAUAAGCGAGCAUCUGAAAAUUUUGAAAAGUCAGCAAAAAAAAAAGAUGGGCUGUUGUCUGAGGAAAACAGUGAACAGCCUGGUAAUACUGUGUCAGCUUUCUGCAAAAUCAUUUCUGUGGAAGACAAUAAUACCGAAAGAGAUUUGAAGGGGGCCAGUGACAUUAGUUAUGAGUCUGAUGAUAUUGAAAUUCCUCAUAAUUCAGAAUCUAGAAAGUUAAAAACUUGUAGCUCUCCAAAACGGAAACAAACACAUGACCUUAAAAAAGAAUUUGGUAACUUUUCCAAAACUCUACUGCAAAGAAAGAAGCAAAAUAAACGAGAAAGGAGAAGUAAUUCACAGAAUAUAGAUGAAUUUUCAUCCUCAGAAGAUAACUUCCCAGUUGAGAAAAUUAGUGCUCGAAAGCAAAGAUUUAAGUGUAAAGGCAAGAGAGUUCAGUUUGCGUCUGAAGUGCCUCGUGAUACUAAAGAUAUCUCUGCUGCACGAAUGAAGCCUGGAAAUUUUUCUGUGCCUAGAAGUUCUGUGAGUAAAACAGAAGUUGACAGUCGGGAUCGAAGACUGGGAUCAAUGGACAUAUAUUUAGAUGGUGUUCGAGAAGUGGCUUAUAUUCAUUCGAAUCAGAAUGUGGUUGGAUCCAGCAAGGCUGAGAAUCGUUUGAGUCGGUGGGCAGUACGAGAUGUCUUUGAGUUGAAGCAGUUUUCCCAGCUCCCCGCUAACGUAGCAGUCUGCAGUGCCGAGGAAGAUGAAGAGAGCCCAGAAGAUGAGAUAGGAGGGAAGAACAGUAUUACCAGAGAAGAUACUUUGGUGAACAGCAAGCAACAUCACCUGUUUGUUAUGCAUCCUGUAACCCAGAAAAACAAAAAAAUACACAAAAUAGGCUCAACCACCUUCUUGUUUGGAAGGACGCCCAAAGAAGUCCGCAGGAGGCAAUUUGAGGAAAUGGUAUCCCACUUUAAGAUGGGAUCAAUAGAGGAACUUGCAGAGCAUCUCGCAGAAGCUACAUCAGAAACGCGUCAGAAAAUGUUGAAAGAAUUUUACAUUUCCAAGUAUCCAGAGACAGAGGCUUUCUUUGCUGCCAAAAUACCAGCACAUGCUUCAGAUGAGGAAGAAGUGUGGACAAGGCAUUCCAGAAAAAGAAAAUCUAUUGUUAAUUUUGGAAGAUCCAAGUCCAGGCCUUCCUCAGCCAGGCAUUAUCUUCUGAGUGGAGCUACAGAAAUAUGCAGCCAGCAAAGAAGUAAAGGAGAAGCAGAGCAACUUCACAAUGACUCCUGCAUAGAAGAUACUGCAGAAGUUAAUGCAAAAUGUAAACAAUCGCCCACUGUUGCUGCUCAACAUAUCAGGAGGGGAAACAGUCAGGCAUUCAAGGAUUUUAUGGCAUCUGGCUCAUUAAGCAGUAAAUCAGAAAUAAUUGAGGUGCUGUCUGUAAAUGGCUGUAAAGGACAGCAGGACUCAGAAGGAACACAGCCGCCAAGAAAAAGAUCCCUGUCUCAGUCAGAAAAUGGAGAGAGAAAAGCUCAGGCUUGUAAGAAAAACUCUUUUGUGGACUUACUUGGAGAUACCUCUAUUCUCAAUGACUUCUUCAGAAAUGAUGGAAAUGGGUCUACAGAAUUACCAAGGAGACUUCCUUCAGGGCAAGCAGAAAAAUCAAAAGGGAGACCAAAGGAUUUCUGGGACAUGCUGAAUGAGCAGAACGAGGAAAGCCUCAGACAUCUGAGAGACACAGCAGCCAUAGAGAAGCUAUGUGAAAGAGCACCUCUUCUUCCAGCGACAGAAAAGAAAAAAGUAUGUGAAAAUUCUCUUUGGAAAAAGAAUGAAAACUUUCUUUGGAAAAAGUACUGUCCAGAUGAUUAA